CGAAACGGACGGCUCUGAUUUGCCGCCAGAGUCCAGACAGCAGAGGACAAGCAAGUUGACAAUACUCCUAGGUCGUCUCCGCAGAUGCCUCUGAACUCGCUCACUCAUUCACACUCAGUCGGCCACCAUAACAGCCUCGAGCUAGAGCGCAGAGACGACGGCAUCAACCACAAGACAACAGCCACACACCAGGCUUACACGCACCCAAACCCCAAACCCAAGAACCCACAAAAAACCACAACCAAAGCAAAAAUCUCAUCUCAUCACAUUACCUACGCACGCCCCCCACGCCCUCAAACCGCACAAAAACAACCAACAACCCCCCCCCUCCAACUCCUCCCCUCAAUAUAAAAAACGCCACCACCAACCUCCCCCCUCCA